CAAAAAAUUUCUUUGAAUUUAUCCAUAUCCAAAUCCUAGGGUUUUUACUGCACUGCACUUUCUUCAUCAGUAUCACUUUCGACGCUCAGCUCUUUCUCCAUAACCAUGUACUUGUACAGCCUUACCCUUCAACAGGCCACCGGCAUACUUUGCGCCAUCAACGGCAACUUUUCCGGUGGAAAGCUCCAAGAGAUCGUCGUGGCGCGUGGCAAAGUCCUCGACCUCCUCCGUCCCGAUGAGAAUGGUAAGCUCCAAUCUCUGCUGUCAGUAGAAAUAUUCGGAGCUAUCCGCUCUUUAGCUCAAUUUCGCCUGACCGGCGCGCAGAAAGAUUACAUAGUUGUCGGCUCAGAUUCCGGGCGUAUUGUUAUCCUCGAAUACAACAAGGAAAAGAAUAUUUUCGAGAAAAUUCAUCAGGAAACUUUCGGGAAGUCUGGAUGCCGUAGGAUUGUCCCCGGCCAGUACUUGGCUGUGGACCCCAAGGGUAGAGCUGUGAUGGUCGGUGCUUGCGAGAAGCAGAAGCUUGUUUAUGUCCUGAACAGGGAUACCGCAGCUAGGUUGACUAUCUCGUCGCCUCUAGAGGCUCAUAAGAGCCACACUAUAGUUUAUUCGAUCUGUGGGGUGGAUUGCGGUUUUGAUAACCCGAUAUUUGCAGCUAUAGAGUUGGAUUAUUCCGAGGCUGAUCAGGAUCCAACAGGCCAGGCCACCAACGAGGCACAGAAGUAUUUGACCUUUUAUGAAUUGGAUCUGGGUCUUAACCAUGUUUCGAGGAAAUGGUCUGAGCAAGUUGAAAAUGGUGCUAAUAUGCUCGUGACUGUGCCAGGUGGCGGGGAUGGGCCGAGUGGUGUACUUGUGUGUGCGGAAAAUUCUGUCAUAUACAAGAAUCAAGGGCAUCCAGAUUUGAGGGCUGUUAUCCCGAGGCGUGAAGACUUGCCUGCUGAGCGUGGGGUCUUGAUUGUCUCGGCUGUUAUGCACAAGCAGAAAAACAUGUUUUUCUUCCUUUUGCAGACUGAAUAUGGGGACAUCUUUAGAGUGACCUUGGAUCAUGAUAAGGAAAUAGUGAAAGAGCUGAAGAUUAAAUAUUUUGAUACUAUUCCUGUGACAUCUUCAUUGUGUGUCUUGAAGUCAGGGUUCCUGUUUGCUGCAUCGGAGUUUGGGAACCAUGCUUUGUAUCAAUUUAAGUCUAUAGGAGAUGAACCCGAUGUAGAGGCCUCAUCAGCUACACUUAUGGAAACUGAAGAAGGUUUUCAACCUGUUUUCUUCCAGCCAAGGAAGCUGAAGAAUCUGGUUAGGAUUGACCAAGUUGAUAGCUUGAUGCCGAUUAUGGACAUGAAAGUUUUUAACCUAUUUGAGGAGGAAACCCCUCAGGUAUUCUCACUUUGUGGGCGGGGUCCUCGUUCAUCUCUUCGGAUAUUGAGGCCAGGUUUGGCUAUUAGUGAGAUGGCCGUGUCUCAGCUACCUGGUAUUCCAAGUGCCGUGUGGACUGUAAAAAAAAAUGUCAAUGACGAAUUUGAUGCUUACAUUGUUGUUUCUUUCGCAAAUGCUACUCUCGUGCUUUCCAUUGGUGAGACUGUUGAAGAAGUUAGCGACAGUGGAUUUCUUGACACGACACCUUCCCUUGCUGUUUCCUUGAUUGGGGACGACUCUCUUAUGCAAGUCCACCCAAGCGGCAUUAGGCAUAUCAGAGAAGAUGGUCGUAUUAACGAGUGGAGAACUCCUGGGAAGAGAACCAUUGUCAAGGUCGGAUCUAAUAGACUGCAGGUUGUCAUUGCCCUGAGUGGAGGGGAACUUAUAUACUUCGAAGUUGAUAUGACUGGGCAGCUCAUGGAGGUGGAGAAGCACGAAAUGUCGGGAGAUGUUGCCUGUUUGGAUAUUGCUCCUGUUCCUGAGGGAAGGCAGAGAUCACGGUUCCUUGCUGUUGGAUCUUUUGACAAUACCAUCCGCAUCUUAUCCUUGGAUCCUGAUGAUUGUAUGCAGGUCCUGAGUUUGCAGAGCGUUUCAUCUCCUCCAGAGUCUCUUCUGUUUCUUGAGGUUCAGGCUUCUGUUGGUGGGGAGGAUGGAGCUGAUCACCCUGCUAGCCUCUUUCUAAAUGCAGGUCUACAAAAUGGAGUCCUGUUCAGGACAGUGGUGGAUAUGGUGACCGGCCAGCUUUCGGAUGCCCGCUCUCGAUUUUUAGGACUCAGAGCACCGAAACUAUUCUCCAUUGUCGUGAGAGGACGGCGGGCCAUGCUUUGCUUGUCGAGUAGACCUUGGCUCGGUUAUAUACAUCAGGGACACUUCCUCCUGACCCCUUUGUCAUACGAGACCCUCGAAUUUGCUGCUUCAUUUUCGUCCGAUCAGUGUGCGGAAGGUGUUGUUGCUGUUGCCGGUGAUGCUCUGAGAGUUUUCACCAUCGAGAGACUUGGAGAAUCAUUCAAUGAGACCGCCAUACCUUUGAGGUAUACCCCAAGAAAGUUUGUACUUCAGCCCAAGAGGAAGUUGUUGGUAAUAAUCGAGAGUGAUCAGGGAGCAUUCACUGCAGAAGAACGUGAAGCUGCAAAAAAGGAGUCGCUUGAGGCAGCCGGAAUGGGAGAAAAUGGAAACACUGAGCAGAUGGAGAAUGGUGAGGAUGAGGAGAGUUCUGAUCCACUUUCUGAUGAGCAGUAUGGUUAUCCAAAGGCAGAGACUGGGAAGUGGGUUUCGUGCAUCAGAGUUCUUGAUCCAAGGACAACGCAAACGACUUGUUUACUGGAGCUUCAGGAUAAUGAAGCCGCGUUUAGCAUGUGCACUGUGAAUUUCCAUGAUAAGGAGUAUGGGACUCUUCUAGCGGUGGGCACAGCAAAGGGCCUCAGGUUCUGGCCCAAAAGGUCUUUUGACGCUGGUUUUAUUCAUAUAUAUAGAUUUAAGGAAGAUGGGAAGGUCCUUGAACUUCUUCACAAGACACAAGUGGAAGGUGUUCCCCUCGCAUUGUGCCAAUUCCAUGGGAGAUUGUUAGCUGGGAUAGGACCUCUGCUUCGGUUGUAUGAUUUGGGGAAAAGGAGAUUGCUCAGGAAGUGUGAAAAUAAGUUGUUUCCCAAUACAAUCACGUCCAUUCACACUUAUCGUGAUCGGAUUUAUGUUGGUGAUAUGCAAGAGUCGUUCCAUUACUGCAAGUAUAGACGCGAUGAAAACCAGCUCUACAUAUUUGCGGACGACACCGUCCCAAGAUGGCUUACUGCAGCACACCAUGUGGAUUUUGACACCAUGGCGGGUGCCGACAAGUUCGGAAAUGUCUACUUUGCGCGGCUACCUCAAGACGUUUCGGACGAGAUCGAAGAGGACCCUACGGGCGGCAAGAUAAAGUGGGAGCAAGGGAAGCUUAAUGGGGCCCCCAACAAAGUGGAGGAGGUUGUUCAGUUCCACGUGGGUGAUGUCGUUACUUGCUUGAACAAGGCGUCUCUAAUUCCUGGCGGUGGGGAGUGCAUCAUCUAUGGGACUGUGAUGGGUAGCGUUGGGGCAUUCCUUCCCUUCACGUCCCGUGAUGACGUGGACUUUUUCUCUCAUCUUGAGAUGCACAUGAGGCAAGAGCACCCGCCUCUGUGUGGCAGGGACCACAUGGCGUACAGAUCCUCAUACUUCCCAGUCAAGGAUGUGAUUGAUGGCGAUUUGUGCGAACAAUUCCCUACAUUGCCUAUGGACAUGCAGCGUAAAAUUGCAGAGGAACUUGACAGAACUCCAGGAGAGAUUUUGAAAAAGCUGGAAGAAAUACGAAAUAAAAUAAUUUGAGGUCUUUGAUUGGCUUUUCAUCAAGUGAGGACUGUUUUGACUAUUUCACUGUCUGAAAGUUGUUUCAAGAACAUAUCCCUUUGGCAAAAAAAAAAAAAAGGAAAAAAUCUUGUUCUUGGUCGAAUGCCACUAAAGAGAGUAAUUGUUGGCUCAACUGAAUGUGGGCCGGUAAGGUUGGAAGAGAAUGUCUGUAUGCACCCAAAAGAGAAAAAUAGAAGUGAAUUUAUAGGCUCAAAGUUGCUUUCUUCUGUUGUAUUUACUGGUAUGUAACAGGUUAUCAGUCGUGCUUUACUGUAAAUUUCAUGUUAGGAUCACUUUGAUGUCUAAUUAUUGCUUUUCAAAGUGAAACCAAAACAAUUAUUAUCAACAUAUAUUUUUGCCCUAUUGUCGUAUUUUCCAUCAAGCAGGAAAUGGAGUAUGGAGGGAAUAUGAGUCUGUGCUCUGGUUCUGUUGGAAACGUUGAAAAUG